AUGGAACAGCUCUUCUCCAGGAAACCUGGUUUUGACAUAGCCUUUGACAAUCCCAAUGCAGAGCAGUUCACCCGUGAAAGCAGUUCUGUUGUUCAGAGAAGAGGAGGGCAGACUAUGCAAUCCUUAAAACCUGAGUGGGGAUUUGAGGAAAACUACACUGAAUCACCCAGUUUCCUUCACAGGAUCAUCUGGACAGUGCACCACUCCACGAUGAAUCCUUCCAAAUGCGAUGACUCUGAAUUCUUUGGCAGAGUCCAUGGGAUUCUAAUGUAUAAAGAUUUUAUCAAAUAUUGGGAUGAUGUGGAGGCAUUUGAGGCAAGACCAGAUGACACUGUCAUUGUCACUUAUCCCAAAUCUGGUACAACCUGGGUGAGUGAAAUUGUUGACAUGAUCUUUAAAGAGGGUGAUGUGAAAAAGUGCAAAGAAGAUGUCAUUUUUAAUCGAAUACCUUUCCUGGAAUGCAGAAAAGAAGAGGUGAUGAAUGGAAUAAAACAAUUAAAAGAGAUGGCAUCUCCUAGAAUUGUGAAGACUCACUUGUCAGUGAAGCUUCUUCCAGCCUCAUUUUGGGAAAAGAACUGUAAGAUGAUCUAUCUUUGCCGGAAUGCCAAGGAUGUGGCUGUUUCUUAUUAUUAUUUCUUUCUAAUGGUAGCUGGUCAUCCAAAUCCUGGAUCUUUUCCAGAGUUUGUGGAGAAAUUCAUGGAUGGACAAGUUCCUUAUGGUUCCUGGUAUGAACAUACAAAAUCUUGGUGGGAAAUGAGAAAGAAUCCACGUGUGCUGUUUCUUUUCUAUGAAGACAUGAAGGAGGAUAUCAGAAGAGAGGUGAUAAAAUUGAUACAAUUUCUGGGAAGGAAGCCAUCAGAGGAACUUGUGGACAAGAUUGUUAAACACACUUCAUUCCAGGAGAUGAAAAACAAUCCAUCUACCAAUUACACAACACUGCCAGAUGAAGUCAUGAACCAAAAAAUAUCUCCCUUCAUGAGAAAGGGGAUUACAGGAGACUGGAAGAAUCACUUUACAGUAGCUCUGAAUGAGAAAUUUGAUUUACACUAUGAGCAGCAAAUGAAGGGGUCUACGCUGAAAUUACGAACUGAGAUCUAAGAAAGGUUUUCCUAACACAUCUGAGGUUGAAGCUUUCUUCUAGUCAUU